CUCAAUCCAAAAUACAAAGCCCCCAGCAGGGAAAGCUUAACCAACCACUUAAUCCCUGCUUGGUAUGGUGUGGAAAAGGGAAAUGUGAUCUCUGAACUGAAAACAGUGUCAAAGGCAGCUAUCACGGCUGAUGGGUGGACAAGCUUUUGUCAGGAUCAUUAUCUCACGGUUACUCUGCACUACGUGAGCAAUGGCCAGGUAAAGGAAAAGGUCCUAAAAACCAAAGCCGUGUACCAAUCUCAGACAGGCUCAGCUGUAGCAGAGGAGAUUGAUUACAUUUUAGAAGAAUAUGGUGUACGGGAAAAGGUUGUGGCAGCAACUGUAGACAAUGCAGCGAACAUGGAUGUAGCCAUCAAACAGCUGCAAAUUGUCAAAUUUCCAUGCUUCGCUCAUACGCUGAACCUGGGAGCGCAAAAGCUGUACAACUGCACUGCCAUAUCCAAUUGGGCAGCACGAGUUCGAGCAGUUGUUGUCUGGAUGAAGAGGUCCCACAUGGCAAAAGUUGUUCUUAAAGAGAAACAAGACUUGCUCAAGCUGCCCAAGCACAUGCUCCUCCUGGAUGUAAGGACCAGAUGGAAUUCCCUCUAUUUGAUGAUGGAGAGAUUCACCGAGCAGUUCCCUGCUAUCCAGGCUGCAGCCAUAGAUCCACGCAUAAGAAGGCCCAUGGAGAAGGAAAGGUUGGACAGAAUAGGCAACGAGGACUUAAGGAAAGCAGAGGAGUUUGUGCAUCUCAUGCGGAAGCAUUACACCUCCACACUGGCCGUCUCCAGCGACAAAAGUGCAACCUGCGGUGAGAUUUUGCCCAUCUUGCAGAAGCUGGAGCAACAGUACACUGUGCAGGAAGGUGACUCUGCGUUCACAAGGAGCAUCAAGGAGAACAUUUGGAAGGAUCUCUCCAAACGCUACCAGGGAACUGACAUUCAGAGAUUCCUGGAGGAAGCCACCAUCUUGGACCCCAGAUUUAAAUACAAAGUGAAAAGUGAUGCAGUCUGGGACAGGAUCAGGGAAGCUGCAAUAACAGCAAAUACAGUGGCAACAAGAGAUGAGGUAUUUUAA